AUGUCGGAAGAAGUACAACCACGGAGCAAAGCGCCUCCCCCAUUGUUCAAACAUAAAUCCUGGUCCCCUGACCACCUCCGUGAAGAGGUCUGGACUAACCGCAAGAGGAAUUAUCGCAUGCGACAUGGUAAAAGUCUAAGCGUCACCGAUGAUGAUCUGGAGGAGCUCCGAGCUUGCUUCGACUUGGGCUUCACUUUUGAUUCGCCCGAUUUGGAUCCCAAUUUGUCUAAAACUUUUCCUGCCCUUGGAUUUUACUAUGCUGUGAAUAAUGGCCUGUCUCGCUCCUCUUCUUCUUCUUCUUCUACGUCGUCCGGUUUUUCCAAUUGCGAUUCACCAACGUCUGCCGUGAGCCCCUGCUCAUCUUUGUUUAAUCCAGGUGAUGAUCCAGACGUGAUGAAGAUGAGAUUGAAGCAUUGGGCCCAGUUGGUGAUUUGUGCUAUACGCCAAUCUCGCCGAACAAAUUUUGAUUCAUAA